AAUGAAAAAAUGGAAAAGUACCAACAACCAGACCGUCGAUCACCAAAAAAUGCCUCCCCAGCCAAAUCAAAAUUUACCGCCACCACGAAGCUCCGUCUCCCAAACAAUCGCCACCAGUCUAUCAUCUGCUCUGCAACACUUCAUCAAUUCAGAUAACCCUUCGCAUGGCCGAAAGAUCCAUACCCGGAUUCUCAAAUCCGGGUUCCGACCCAAUGUCAAUAUUUCCAUCAAACUCCUUAUACUCCACCUCAAAUGUGGUUCGUUGGCUUAUGCACGCCAAGUGUUUGAUGAAUUGCCUGCACAGACUCUUUCCGCUUAUAAUUACUUGAUCGGCGGAUACCUCAAACGUGGGAAGGUAGAAGAAUCGCUUAACUUGGUUCGGGGACUGGUUUUAUCUGGUGAGAAGCUUGAUGGGUAUACGUUUUCGAUGAUCUUGAGAGCCUCUACUUGUGCUGGUGAUGUUGCAUUGCCGCGUAAUUUAGGAAGAGUAGUGCAUGGCCAGAUGAUAAGAACAGAUGUUGCGCCUGAUGAGGUACUUUAUACAGCACUCGUCGACUCAUACGUUAAGAAUGGGAAGGUCCGUUAUGCGAGGACUGUGUUUGAUAUGAUGUUGGAAAAGAAUGUUAUAUGUUCUACAUCGAUGAUUUCUGGGUACAUGAAUCAAGGCUCUGUGGAGGAUGCUGAAGAUAUAUUCAGGAAAACUGUUGAAAAAGAUGUGGUGGUAUUUAACGCAAUGAUUGAAGGUUACAGCAAAUCGGUUGAGUAUGCUAGGAGAUCACUUGACGUUUACAUUGACAUGCAACGGUUGAAUUUCCAACCUAAUCUCUCUACCUUUGCUAGUGUUAUUGGAGCUUGCUCGGUGUUGGCAUCGUUUGAAGUUGGCCAACAAGUCCAAAGUCAUCUUAUGAAGACUGGAUUGUUUUUGGACGUAAAGAUGGGAAGUGCUCUUAUUGACAUGUACUCAAAAUGCGGAAGAGUUGAGGAUGCUCGGAGAAUUUUUGACCACAUGCCCCAAAAAAAUGUGUUUUCAUGGACUUCAAUGAUCGAUGGUUAUGGGAAGAACGGAUAUCCUGAUGAAGCACUUGAGUUCUUUAGUAUAAUGCAAAGGAAACACCAAAUUGAACCCAAUUUUGUCACAUUCCUCAGUGCGCUAUCAGCUUGCGGACAUGCUGGGCUAGUUGACAAAGGCCUUGAGAUCUUUGAAAGCAUGGAUAGGGACUACUCAUUGAAACCAAGGAUGGAGCAUUAUGCUUGCAUGGUUGAUCUCUUGGGACGUGCAGGGAGUUUACGUCAAGCGUGGGAGUUUGCAAUGGGGAUGCCCAAGAAGCCCAAUUCCGAUGUUUGGGCUGCUCUUCUUAGUUCAAGCACAUUACAUGGUGAUGUUGAGAUGGCAAAUAUAGCUGCCAAGGAACUUUUUAAGUUGAAUCCUGAUGGUCGGCCUGGGGCAUAUGUUGCAUUCUCGAAUACUUUAGCAGCCGCUGGGAAAUGGGAAAGUGUAAUUGAGCUUAGAGAGAAAAUGAAGUCAAGCGGGAUAUCUAAAGACACCGCCUGUAGCUGGAUUGGUACUGAUAGUGGUUGAUGAGCUUUCAUAUGGUUGAAGACAAGUUCACUGCAAAGACUAAAGAGAGCGGGCGAUGUUGAAGCUGUAGGGAGGCUGAAGAUAAGCCUCCUAGCUCAGUUUUGAACCUGGCAAGCAAAUUAACGGGUGUUAACUCAGCCGGUGUCUCAUUGAGCUCACGCAAGCGGACUGCUCGGGUUUUCAGGGGAGAAUAGAAUGUUGCUCAAUUGGACAAGCCAUAACCAUGUUCAGAGGUAAUUUUCUGUGGAAGGGGAAUAUUUUUUCACGCUCAAAGCAAUAGUUAGCAGUCAGUAAUUCAAGUUUUUUCACUCUCAAAGCUAAACCACAGAAUGAUUUGCUGAUCAAUAAUUAAAUAUUCACCUAAUUGUAUUUGUACA